AUGUGCGCUGACAGAUCUACCAGCGAUGAGCAAAGUGAUGGAAUUUCGAAUUGGAAAAAGCUGAAGCUACUCUUAUGGAAAAACUGGAUACUUCAAUGGAAUCAAAAGCUUCAGUUUAUAUUGGCACUGCUCCUGCCUGUAUUUUUCCUGCUGCUCAUAAUUCUGUUACGCGCUCUCGUGAAGACCUCUGCGCAGCCAGAAACGCGCUAUCCCGCCCUCAGUAUUGACGAUCUUAACUUGUUUCACAGCUCAGUUAUUCUGGGUAAUCGUAUAGUGCACGAGAACGGGACUCUGAACUAUCCGAAACAGGUGCUUUGCUAUACUCCCGAUAGCACGGUGAAUCGGGCGAUUGUUAUAAAGACGGUUGUGCAGCUGAGGCUUUUCGGUUGGCGAGCCUACGAUACUUCGCAGCACAUGGAGUACGAUCUGGUUAAGCAUAACUAUUUUGUUGGAGUAGUCUUUCAGCCGGCUAAGGAGAGUGAUAUGAUAAAAGGAUUCCCGUUGAUAUUUAAUUACUCCCUGCGAUUUCCCAGCGAACUACGCACUGUACGCAGUCCAAUCAUUGAUAAUUGGCACACGAACUCCCUAUUUCCGGGCUAUGAUCACAUAGGACCCCGUAAUCGCAAUGCCAGCGAUGGAGGCGUGCCUGUGGGCUAUCUAGCCGAAGGCUUCAUCCCGGUCCAGCAUGCGUUGACCAUGUCUUGGCUACAGAUGGCCGGUGCUAAGGACUAUUUGCCCAAAGUGAUGCUGAGACGCUUUCCCUACAACCCCUAUAUAUACGAUCCACUGCUAAGUGGCUUGCAGCAGCUUCUACCCUUUAUGCUGCUGCUGAGCUUCAUAUAUCCUUGCUCGUUUGUGGCCAAAUACGUUACCAGUGAGAAGGAGCUGCAGCUGAAGGAGAUCAUGAAGCUGCUCGGCCUACACAACUGGCUGCACUGGGUUGCCUGGUUUGUCAAGAGCUAUAUCUUACUGAUGAUUGUGGUGAUAAUGCUGGUAUGUCUGCUACUGGGAAAAUUUUACGCUUCAGUGGCUGUGCUCACAUACACGAACUGGAUGCCACUGCUUCUAUUCCUGCACUCCUAUGUGGUGGCCAGCAUUUGUUUUUGUUUUAUGCUCGCAGUAUUUUUCACAAAGGCUAGCACUGCUGCCGCCGUCACCGGCAUCCUGUGGUUCCUCACAUAUAUACCCUACUCCUUCUCCUACUACUACUACGAACGUAUGAGCUUGAGUGCCAAGCUCAUCCUUUGUGUGCUGUUCUCGAAUACGGCUCUCGGUUUUGGCAUUCACGUCAUCAUGUCUUGGGAGGGAACUGGCGAGGGCGCUCAAUGGGAGAAUGUUAUCAAACGUGUAUCGCCGGACGAUACUCUAGCCCUAUUUGACGUCAUUCUGAUGCUGACAGUGGCGGGCCUGUGGUACAUGGCCGUCUGUCUGUAUGUGGAGCAAAUAUUUCCAGGAAAGUAUGGCGUACCCCAACCCUGGUACUAUCCAGUCAGUAAAAAGUUCUGGUUUAGCCUUCUGGGGCCCUCGUCAGUCAUAGGCAACGAAGCUCAACUAACAAAUAAUAGUCGUAGUUCCCACAGCCAGGCAGCCAAUGUAAUUUCCGAUCAUGGCGAGAACUUGCGUGUGGGAAUCCAGUUGUGCAAUCUAGAGAAAAGGUAUCGCAAGCAUGUGGCAUUACACAAUUUAACUCUGAACAUAUAUCGUGACGAGAUAACCGUACUUCUCGGUCAUAAUGGCGCCGGCAAGACUACCACAAUCCUUAUGCUAACGGGCAUUAUUCCACCUUCAUCUGGCACAGCCAUGAUCAAUGGUUGGGACUUACGAACUCAAUUGGAGAGCGUACGUCGCUCGCUUGGCUUCUGUCCCCAGCACAAUAUACUCUUCGAUGACAUGAGUGUGAGAAACCAUAUAGUUUUCUUUAGCUCUCUGAAGGGCAUACAUGGGGAAGAGCUACAGAGGGAGGUCUACAAGUAUGUGCAAAUUAUGCAGCUGGAAGAUAAGAUGCACGUAGCUGCGGCCAAGCUUUCUGGCGGAAUGAAACGCAAACUGUCCCUCUGUUGCGCCCUCUGUGGCAAUACGAAAACGGUGCUGUGUGACGAGCCCAGCUCUGGUCUAGAUGCCGCUGCACGUCGCUGUCUUUGGGACUUAUUGCGAGCCGAAAAGGCCGGCCGGACCGUGUUGCUGACAACUCACUACAUGGACGAGGCAGACGUUUUGGGAGAUCGCAUCGUCAUUCUGAGUAAUGGCCAACUACAGUGCUACGGCACACCGUUCUAUCUGAAAAAGCGCUUUGGAGAUGGCUACCGAUUGAUAUGUAUUAAGCAGCGUGAAUGCAUUGCAAAAAAAAUCACUAGUCUCUUGGAUAAAUAUAUGCCUGGCAUAGCACUAGAAAGUGAGCUUGGCACAGAAUUGGCCUAUCGACUGCCCAGCUCCCAUCUCCAUAGGUAUGCAGAUAUAUUAAGUGAGCUGGAGGAGCAGGGAGAGUCUCUCCAUAUAGACGGCUAUGGCCUGAGUAUGGCUUCCAUGGAGGAAGUAUUUAUGCGUGCCGGCAUUGAACAGCAAAGAAAUGUCGGUGGUGCAGAUGAAGUGGUUUUACAGAACAGCAGCCUAUUCAUGAUGAAUUACUAUAAACUGUCGUUGGCCGAUAAGAAAAAUGUGAUCUUUGAUAGCAGCAUGUGUGAGUCCCAUUUCGGUGCGCUGUGUCUUUUGCGCUGGGAGGCAUUGUUCAGCAAAAAGUGUCUGAUAACUAAACGAAACAUUUGGGUUCUGAUUAUACAAUUGGCAAUACCCAUCAUCUUCAUGGUUCUCACAAUUCUCAAUUCACGCGGUGGACGCAUUUACUACAUGCUGCCUCCCAUGUACAUUUCCUUGCGUCAAUAUCCCCGCUCCUUUGUGGUGCUGGAGGAUCAGUCGGGAGAGAAAACUGGCUCCCUUGCUGAUACCUACACUGACUAUGUGGUUAGCCAAGGAGCUACACUGUUGAAUACCAGUGGCAUGGGCUUUGAAAACUACAUACUGAAAGCAUCCGAGGAGCAGCGAGCCCGGGUGGAUGCCAAAUAUUUGGCGGGAGUAACCAUUGAAGAGGGAAAUAUAACCGUUUGGUUCAACAACAAACCAUUCCAUACCGCCCCCUUGGCGCUUAAUUUGCUGCACAAUGCGCUCGCACGUCAAGUCUUGGGUCCGGAGUCCGGCACUGGCGUCACUAAUGAUCCCCUUCCGUACAGUAAUGACACAUUGACAAUGCGCUUGAACAAAGGACAGCGACUGGGCGCCGAAAUAGCCAUUAAUUUAUGCCUUUGCAUGUGCUUUGUCACCGCGUUCUUCGUCAUACCAAUCAUCAAUGAGCGCACAACUCGAGCCAAAUUAUUGCAAUACCUGACUGGCGUCGAGGUCUUCGUAUAUUGGAUAACCCACCUCAUUUGGGACUAUGCUAUCUUUUUCGCAACUGCCCUGCUUGCAAUGAUCACAAUUGCUGCCUUCCGAGAGAUCGGGUAUUCCUCUUUUCUGGAUUUGGGUCGUUAUUUGGUCUUAUUGCUGGUAUUUGGCUGUGCUGCUCUGCCCCUUAGCUAUGUGCUCUCGAAUUGCUUCACCGAUGGUGCCACAGGAUUUACGCGAAUUGGAAUAAUGUGCAUCCUUACUGGGGCAGGUCUGUUUGCGCUUGUGGUCGCACUGUCAUUUGAGAAAUUUCAAUUGAAAUAUUUGGCUGAUAUUGUGGUUUGGUACUUCCGUGUUUUUCCCCACUUCUGUUUGGCCAAUGGGUUGCAUCACAUCCACAUUGGUUUUAAUAUACGCCGAGGUUGCAGCAUUCCGGCCAUCAAAAAACUGCCACAGUCCGAAAUUUGCCGCAACAUACCAGUCUGUUGCAACAUUCCCGGCUAUUUCGCAUGGCGUACCCCCGGAAUACUUCCCGAACUCGUAUACCUCAUUGCGACCGCCAUAUGCCUAUUCGCUUUGUUACUGUUCAUAGACUCUAGAAAGUGCUCCCAACUCUAUGAGCUUCUUAUCAAAUGCUAUGAUUGCCUUCAUUGCAGGAAGUCCAACAGAGAGGAAGGUGGCGAAUUUUUAAAACAGGAGGACGAAGAUGUUCAAAUGGAGCGCAGUAAGAUAGCCCGCCUGGUAUCUCAACAGCGAAUCAGUCUGCCGCUCGUCGUUGAUGGGAUAAGUAAGAGAUAUGGUCGCCAUAUAGCUGUCAGGAAUCUAUCGUUUCGUGUCGAGCCCGCCGAGUGCUUCGGCCUUUUGGGCAUAAACGGUGCUGGGAAAACCUCCACCUUCAAAAUGCUCACUGGGGAUGUUAAAAUCAGCAAAGGAGUUGCCUAUGUGGACGGCAUUAACCUGCGCACCCAUAUGCAUAAGGUUUACCAUCGAAUUGGCUACUGUCCACAAUUCGAUGCACUGUUGGAGGACCUGUCCGGUCGCGAGACUUUGCGUAUCUUCUGCAUGUUGCGUGGUGUCCAGCGCCGUCAUAUCAAAACAAUGUCUGAUGGCUUGGCCACAGCAUUUGGAUUCAUUCAACAUAUGGACAAGCCGGUGCGCUGCUAUAGCGGUGGAAAUAAGCGGAAACUCAGCGCAGCACUAGCACUUAUCGGAAAUCCCUCGGUCCUAUAUCUUGAUGAGCCCUCGAGCGGUAUGGAUCCGGCCGCGCGUAGACGGCUCUGGAAUAUGCUGGCCUAUGUACGUGAGUUGGGAAAGUCGAUAGUCCUUACCUCUCACAGCAUGGAUGAGUGCGAAGCCUUAUGUACACGUAUUGCCAUUAUGGUGGACGGCGAAAUCAAGUGCAUGGGCUCUACCCAAUAUUUAAGGAAUAAGUUUUCAAAGGGCUUUAUUCUAAAAAUCAAAAUAAAAAGUUCCAGCUCCAUACUCCAACAAGAUCCCGACUCUACUGAGACAAAUAAUGAUAGAUCUGAUUCUGUAGACGAAAUAAAUAUUGCUAAUGCCAAUACAAAUAAUGAUCGAAUUAAGAAAUUCAUAAAUCAAAACAUUGCAGAUGCUCUGUUGCAAGAGGAACAUCAAAAUGUGUUAACUUUUUUUAUACCCACGCAGAGCAUACGCUUAUCAAAACUUUUUCAACUGAUCGAAAACAACAAUAAAGAACUUAAUAUUGAAGAUUACAUUAUCACUCAAUCGACACUGGAAGAAAUCUUUCUGGAGUUUGCCACGCUUAAGAAAAAAUGA